AUGUCAAGGCAUAAUGGAUAUGAGCAUUGGGAUAUUGAAUAUCAUGAGAAACGGUACCUUGAGUUAUUUCCUAAAGACAAACUUGUAUAUUUAACAAGUGAGUCUGAUAAUAUUAUUGAAACAUUUGAAGAAGAUACAUAUUAUAUUAUUGGAGGAUUGGUUGACCAUAAUCAAUACAAGGGUCUCUGUCACAGCAUUGCAAUAGAACAAAGUAUCAGGCAUUGUCAGUUGCCUUUAAAUAAAUAUGUGAAUAUGAAAACAAGAAAGGUGUUAACAAUUGAUCAUGUGUUCGAGAUUGUGCUCAAAGUAUGUGAAGGUAUGUCAUGGCAAGAAGCAAUUUUAAAAGUGUUGCCAAUGAGAAAAGGAGCACACCUUUGCAACAGUUUAAAGAACUCAUCAUCAAAAGAAGAUAUUAUUAAUCAGAAUACAAAUAGUACAUGU